AUGCCUCGCCAUUAUAGUAAUCAUCGUCUUACUCGCGGCCAAGUUAAUGGAUCUUCUGAUCCUUUGUAUGAAGCUCUACUGAAUGUCCAGGAUGAAAAUAGACGACAUGUCCGUCGUAUUCGUCAACUCGAAAACCGUGUUCGAGACUUAGAGCGGGAAUUAGAAAGUAUGAGAGAAGACCGUGAUUCUUGGAUGGAGAGAGUAACUUCUAAUGUUGCUGACAAUUACUUUAAUGAAAGUCGGUAUGAUCGUAUUCGGCGGGAGAGAGAUUCAUUACGAGCUCGACUUCAAAAUUUAAAGCAAACUUCUUUUAUAAAAGAAAUUCAAGCUGAACAAGGAAGUUAUUGUGUUUUAUUACAUAACUUUAAGAAAGAUAAUGAACUUCCUUAUUUAAUGCCAUCAAUAUUAAAGAAAAAAACUUUUACAAAAUUAACAAUCAUCAGCAAAACCAUUACUAUGACCAUUACAUAA